CAAAAUAAAAUCCUUUUAAACACCUUUCCGAAAGUUAAAACCUAAAAGUUUCAAUUCAUGAUUUUGAAAAUAAGCGGCCGAAACAUUAUACACUUCCUCCACACGCACAACAAUAGACUCAAAGCAAACGCAACUCAUAUCCAAUCGCUUUUAAACGCCAAUAAUCGCGUUACAGUAACAACUCGAAAAAUGGUAACACUAAUCGUGGCCACCACCGCCGAUCCAGCGUCGAUCAACCCUGCGGCGGCGCUUCUCGCCAUGCCCGGUUGGACCGCCGGACCUAUCUUACCGCCGGACAUAAAGAGUUUUAGUAACAAGCAAACGAGAGUGAUUCAACACGAUAGAUCUAUAGUAAAAGAAGACGAUCUCGAUUUACGUUGGGAAGAAGCUACCGGUGAAGUUGUUGAUGAAGUCAUCUUCCUCAGCCGUCACACCGCCGUCUCAAAUCGUCCUGCUUUAACUGUUCAUCCGAUUGGAGUGCUUCAUCUAAAGGAUGGAGAAUCACCGCCGCAAGGAGGAAAGCCUGGAUGGGCGGCGUUGCCAAGCACUAGAAUUGGUCCAUGGUUUCGUCUUUUGAAGAAAAUGGCUGAAGCUCAUGGUUUAGUUCCUGAGUUUGAGAUAACAUUGGAAGCUACUCAUCAUGGACCAAUAACUAACAAGCCAACGAUGUUUUUGGAGAUUGGUAGUACCGAGGAAUACUGGAAGAGGCAAGACGCAGCUCAAGUCAUGGCUCUUUUAAUGUGGGAAGGUCUUGGGCUAGGAGGCAGUGAAGAAGUAGGGAAGUGGAAAAGUGAAACCGGAAAGAGGAAAGUUCUUUUAGGCAUUGGAGGUGGACAUUAUGCUCCUCGUCACAUGGAUAUAGCUUUGAAAGAUGAUAUUUGGGUAGGCCAUUUGCUUUCUGGAUACUCAUUACCGAUGGAAGAUCCAACUCAAACCAAAACAACGCCUGGAGAGAAUUACAUUGGUGGAAAUUGGAGACAAUCAAUUAAGGCAGCAUUUGAAGCUACUAAAGCAUCAUUCCCCGGAGGCGAGAUCUUGGCUCAUCUUGACCACAAGAGCUUCAAAGGAUGGCAAAAGAAGGCCAUUACAGAGUUUUUAGCAGAAGAGAGCAUCAAUGUUGGGAAGCCAAACGAUUUCACAUGAACUGUGAGAGACCCCCUUAAAACAUAUCUUGAGAUCUGAGUUUUUGGUUUAUUGGUUCAGAAUCUAUCAUUGAUGAUGAUGGGUUUAGAUUAUUUUCAGCUGUUACAAGUAAGUAGAGAUUGAAAUUCAUCUGUAAGCUGCCCUUUUUAAAGUUCACAUUCAGAUUUAAGAUAGAAGAAGAAUAAAACAUGAAAAGACAAAACAGGAGAAAUGUAGAACAAAACAGAAGUUGAGUUUUGUUUUUGUCUCUUUACACAGUUUACUUAGCUAAAUUAUUGAAAAUUUAGACCAAGGGAUACAGUAACAUUUUUGACCAAGUAAGUCCACUGAUCAAUAUCAAUUAUGAAUUGGUCAUUUUCGCACUAUUGUUAGUGCUUUUUCUUUUGAAGUUGAGAGGGGGAGAAAUUAUGAUUUGGGGAUGUGAAAAAAUCAUAUAAAGAACC